AUGUACCUCCCUGCCCGAGGUCGUUUCCUGGAGUGGUCUGCCACUAUCUGGAUGGAGCUGGGACGAGAAAUCGAACCUGAUCCUGAAGAGGCCGCAGCCCCUGGAGGCGGUGGGCUCAGUGCUGACCAGAUUAAGGCCGUUGUUGAACCACUCGUAAAGCACGAUAAAGCAUUCGGAGCUGCUGAGCGAACCACUGCCCGCUUUCGAAUCCUGCUGGCUGGUGCCCCUGUCGGCGACCAAGCUCGAACUGCCGCCAUGGUUCUACCGGACCUCAAGGAAGACUUUUCGUCCUACUUGAGUCUAUGA